AUUUCAUUGGAUGUUGACAUUGUUAGGGAAUGUGCUGUUCUAUUUUCAUUCACACCUGUAUCGGGAAAUAAUACGUGGAAUUCGCCAUCAAAAUGCUUCGUGGUGGCGAUGUGAGUUGUGACAUGGAGUUGUACCCUUUCUAAACCUACCCUGACAUGGAUAGCCGACUAGCUCUUGCUCGUUAACACCUGGAUUAUACACAACGAGACUCAGGUGUGCAUGAAGCCACAGCGAUCAUGGACGAGUUAUUUGCGACCAACACCGGGCCACCGGCGACCGCUGGCGAUGGAGCGUUUGAGAGAUUUCUUACGGCAGCUAUCGCUGCUAUUAUUACCAUCAUGUUCUCGUGGAGGCUACUCGCAACGGAGGAGAAUUUGGGGGGUGGGGAAGGUGCUGUGGGUGGGGCCCCGGUGCCCGUGGGGAGGGAAGUCCCAAAAGUUGUUAUGAAGAAAGCGAUUAAGAUGGCAAAGGCAGCUGGAUACACAGAAGAAAGUAAACAACUAGAGAAGGCAAGGGGACUGUGUGAUGAAGGUAAGAAGGACGACAUAGGCGGUAGCGACACAGGUAUAAAUACUGUGACGUCACCUGACCUACAUAGCGAGUCGCUUAUUACGUGCUGGGAAGAGAGGCCUAGAUUAAAUGACGACGAGGAGAGACUGUUAGAGUCGACCGAAUUAAAGGGGCUUUCAACUGAGGCAGAUAUGAAUCUGGGGGUUAACGGGUUCUCAAGGGGCAAUCCCGAAUAUAGGGAUAUUCUGGACGAUGACCGGUACCGUCCGUUCGACGGAGGGGUUGAGUUCGGUGACGAUAUCGAACCACGUGAAUUGGAUUCUGACGAGGAGAUGUAUUGUGGCACAAUGUUGGAAACUAUUAUGGAGGAAGAUUCGGAUGACAUGUGUAGUACCAGUACAGGAAGCGAUGCUGACUCGUUAGGGAGGACGGGGGAGUUUGGGUACUUUGAACUUAACGCCGAGGGGGACCACGAGGGGGAUUAUACUGAGGAGGGGGGUUGCACGGUGCACGUGGUUGACGAUGGGUCCGAACUCAGCACUAAUGUGAUAACUAUUUCCAGUGGUGCUUCAUGGCCCGAUGACGAUGAAUUCGGUGACACUGUUUCGUAUGAGGAGACAGCUGUUGAUAGCUUCAGUGAGGGAGCAGACGACAGUUAUGAUGCGCAGAGGAAGACUGCGCAGCUUCCGGGUGAUACAGCAGACGAUAGCAAUUCUGAUGGCAGCGAUGAGUCUGUGAUAACUGUUGUUACUAGGCAACUAUCUGAGGAGAAAGAAAGUCCUUUAAGUUCACAAGAAUUCACCUUUACAAACACAGGCCAAAUCGAAAUUGUCCCCGUGAGGACACGCGCAACAAGUCAAGUUCUGAAUGUCGCUCCCGUAUCCGUUCAGUCAACUUUCCAGGCCUUACAACCCGAUGAACCGUAUCCGACAGACGAUCAACACUCACCCGAUAUGGGGUCAGGCAUUGACGAGGGCUUACAAAGUGAAAAACAUGCAGAAACAACCGAUAUACCGUCCCCUUCACUAGACUCCGGGGUUUAUUCGAUUGAAACUCGGACAGACGACGACAAAGUGCGCGGGUCGCUCGAGGGUAUUGAUGAACUUGAGGAAAAGUUUGAUAUCAACAGUAAUGUUGAUACACGUGAUAAAAGUGCCAAAGAAUCAGAGUAUGAUAGUGCUUCCAUUAAUGCAAGUCGUGUGUUGAACAUUGAGACAGUGGACAGGGAGUCCGCAGGGUCAGACAGUUCCGUAGAUGAAAGUGGGAGGAGAUUGGACAUUGUGUAUGGUGAUGCGAGCGGGGAUGAUGAUGUGCCUGAUUAUAAGGAUGCUUAUGUUUCGUCUGCUGUUGAGAAAACCCCAAAAGGAUUUAUAUUCUCUCGUUUUGAGCUGGAAACCACGGACUAUGAGGAGAAAGUGUAUACUACUGACAGAGCAACUCACACGGUUGUGGCUAAACUUGUUGCAGAGGAGAGGUUUGUUCCCACGGAGCAGACUGAUGCCAAGAUUCGUAAACAGUUUUCGAAUCUGGAAGACGGGGAUAAGAUCAAGACAUCACCUCAAACGUUCGCAAAAGCUGGAACGUCAAAGGAAACAAAUGUUGAUGAAAGUUUUGAACCAGUUUCGGAGAGUCGACCUCUUAUACUGAGACCUGGUUCACCAGAGAAGAAACGGACACAUCUAGCUACCGAACAUAGGCAAGCAAACAUUGAUGACCCUGUGGGCGUUGCCGAACGCCUGCAGCGUCACCAACGUGAAACAGAUAUUGAUGACCAUGACGUUAGAUAUCAAGAUACCAACGGAGUCACAAAACAUAUGUUAUCCAUGACGGGGGCUGCUGCUCCACCCGAGAAGCUUCUGAGGAUGGAUAAGACGGAUGGGUCUCGCUCCCAUCGCAUUGUGCCUGUGACGAAAGAGUUGUCUGUUGCUGAUCGACUGAUGAAGGUUGAUGGAGGCAUACUACGUGAGACUAACAUUGGCGACACACCCAGCUUGACAAAACGUGUUUCAUCCGUCAGCCAAGGGGAAUCUCCCCCUGAGAAAGUACUGAAAAUUGGCAUCAGUAAAUCUCUGGAGACUCUUAUUGAUGACAAGGAACCAUCAACCACUCCUUCAGGCACAGACGGAGGUCAAGGUCAACUUGGAACAGAGAAAACGUUGACGUUUAUCACCGAAUCUCGGGAUACAAUAACAGAUUGUAGGCAUUCUUCUGAGUCGACAGUGCCUUCGAAGCAGAGCCAAGUAAAACCUAAAGUAGAAGACAGACCAGAGACGCAGUCACGGGAAACUUUGAUUGAUGACCCCAACUCCUACACUGGACAAGGCACUGGUAACAGAAACAGUACUGUGAAUGUGCAGCAAGUACACACUAUUCAUCGUUCCCGUGAAACACUUAUUGAUGACGUUGUCAGCCCAGUGUCUGAAGAACUGAAGACAGACCGGUUACCCAAACGUGUUGUAAAUACGUCUAAAGAAACACUUAUUGAUGACGUAGUCAGCCCAGUGUCUGAAGAACUGAAGACAAACCGGUUACCCAAACGUGUUGUAAAUACGUCUAAAGAGACACUUAUUGAUGAUGCUCCGGUGGUAGAAGUCUCGACUUGGUCACAGGAUCGAACAGAGCGGACAGACACACCCAGAAGAAGUUGGGAAACAAUGGUCGAUGACGUAGGAAUUACGUCAUCUGCACAUGUUUUCAAAUCGGCCCAGAUGGAGGUUAAAUCUCCUGUAUAUAGAUCGCGGGAAACGUUGAUCGAUGACGUACUUCCACCGCAAAUCGAGGAGAGACUCGCUAAAGCUGAGUCUCGUGAAUCAUUAAUUGAUGAGAUAGACAUGGUUUUGUCUGGACGCACCGACUACCGAAUGAAGACCGUCGCCGGAGUACAACACGACAUGCCUUUAGAUGAUAUCCCACCUACUCAGGAGGCCUGGAAACCACCCCAGGACAAUGUGGGCAUGGGUCUGUAUACCCUUGAUGGACGUCGCGAAACCCUCAUUGAUGAUCCAGCUGUUCCAAGUGAAGGACUUAGAAAGGCAUCAUCUUUGAAAACGGGAUCGUUUAUACACAUUUCUGGAGCACGUGAAACCUUGAUCGAUAAUAAACGUUUCACAUCAACUGAACACAUGUUAGACCGUGCAGGGAUAACGGACGAGACUGAUGGGACAUUGAAUAUUGGGACACCGGGAAUAUAUGAAACUAACAUUGAUGAUGUGUCUGAAAUAGUGCUGCCUGAAAGAAUUUUGAACAUUGAUCAGGAAAAUGUGAAACUCUUCAGGAAUAGAGCUUCCUUAAAUAAGGACGGUAGCAGUGAAGGAUUGGAUGAAAGUAAUGGGAAUGAACUUGAUAAGAGCUUUGGUGAUGUUACAAACAGAAGUGAGGACAUGCUUGGUGUGGUGUCUCCUGAGAAGAAGAACGAUGUCCCAGGAACAGACAUCAAUGCGGUUGAAGAUGAAGAUGAGGAUGAAUGGGUAGUGGAUGAAGUUGUGCAAGACUUUACUAUUAUGACAGGGCCGGAGGGUAAGAGGAGUUUCAUUCCUGGAAAGAUGGAACACAGGAUUAUUCACGUGUCUUCAGAACACAAACCAAGCAUGCCCGAAACUUCACAGUCAUCUUCGGGUCAGUCAUCCGAAACCUCACCUCAACAUGUACAGACGCAGGAGUCUCAAAGGAGCAAGGAAACAGAAAUCUCAAUGGAGCCCAUACCAGCAGAUAGGCCAACUCCAAAGCCGAGAAGGAGCCUCAGAUCAGAAGAUGGAUUGGCAGAACCACAAGCUGGCGCUGGUCAUCCAACUCCAACAAUUACAACCCAGGUUGGUCCUGAUGGUAAACUACACUUAGAUGAAGGGUCCUGGAAGCCAUUAAGUGAUUCCAUAAAGGCCGAGAAAUCGCCUGCAGCUGUGAGAAAGUUGGUCAUGGAAGAUGUAAUCAUAUCUGGCUCUCACCUCAUUCCGCGCCCGAGACGACAGGUUUACAGCGAGGCUGACAAAAGUAACCCACUUGUUGCUAUGAACUCUGGUGACAUGGGUUCCUAUGGCACCAGGUCGAAUCUUGCCCAUGUUAGCACAGACAUUGAAUCAGAGGUUGACAUCGACUUUGAAAUGUUUGCCGGUGGUGUGGAUGAUGCGGAUGGCGUCGACGGUGCGAUUAGGCCAGUGUCUGAAUCUUCACCUAAGCACGAAGGGGAACAAGCAGUUGCUGAUGGCAACGAAAGCCCAGAUGACUCAGGAUUUCCAAGUCCGGAUGUUUCAAGGAAGAUAUUAGAGCAGUUCAAAAGAUCCAAGAGUGUUGAACAUCUUAGACGGAAAUCCUGGGGCAUGGUUGAGGACGAGACCGUCUUCAUGCCCACACAGCCUGUUAAGCCUGACUCUCCUGUCAUGUCUUCACCUGUCCUCAGUCCGCCAAUAAUCCCAGAUUCCCCUGUUGUCUCCCCGCCCUCAAUGUCAUUUCUUGUGUCCAAGAAGGGAUCAAAGAGUGUACCUAACCUUGCUGGAAUUGACGACUCCCCAACCAUCAAUGCACCCAUGUCACACACGAGAGGAUCAGCAGCGAUCGUUGCAUCUCCAACGGUUCAAAUGACGCCCAAAGCUGGUGCUUCGCCACUUACGAAGAAACCAUCUCGGUAUACCAAGAAGUAUUCAACAACUGCUUCAUCGCCUGUGAUUAAAGCAGCCGCCAAGUCAAAGGCAGAGUCCCAACAAACAACACGACAGGUCACACACACUGACAUAGAUGAUGUAGUGGAUGGGGCAGUCUCAGAAACAUCACAGCUUUCAACCGUAGGACCAAAGUCGUUUUCUGUUGAAAAGAAAUAUCCUGAUGAGACAACAUUUUCGGCUGGAGUCGAGUCAUCGCCUGUAAUAUCCCCAUCUCCUAUGAUUUCUCCAUCUCCUGUUUCCUUGUUACCUGCAUCACCUGUGAUAAAGCAGGCACCAGCUAUUGUUCAGUCUCCUACAGUUCAGCUACACAAGACUCAAACUAGAUCGCCGCUAUUUCAACAGAUCUACCGGUCUUCUGUUGUGACACCCUCAAAACCAGUCGAAGCAGCUCCUGUCAUAUCGGCGUCACCAAAGAUCGAAAGUCCCGUGAUUAUCAGUUCUCCUUCAGUGAAGAUGACCAAAGACGUCAGAUCAUCUCCUGCUGUUCAAGCAUCUCCUCUGAUAGAGGAAUCUCCUUCCAUUCCAAUGUCGCCAACAAUUAAGGCAUCAGAACGCUUAGAUGCAUCUCCGUUUAUUGAAGAAUCUCCUUCCAUUCCAAUGUCACCAACUAUCAAGUCUUCAGAAUUUAUAGAUGCAUCACCCAGUAUUUCCUUCCCAACACAUUCCUCAGCAAUUCCACAAUCCCCUACUCUAGCAUCUCCUUUGAUUCCCGAUUCACCAGUAAUUCCCACUUCACCAACCAUUCUACAAUCACCUUCCUUAUCAGCACCGCCAACGAUUCUUGCCUCACCAACUGUUUCCAUUCCAAUCUCACCAACCGUUUCUAUGACCGGUCCGCCAAGUCUAGAAGACACGUCUUUCGAAGACCAAUCGUCUUUUGGAAGCCAAAAGAGAUAUAGAUCUCUUAAAGAGAUUAAGAGAAAAUUCUCGAGCAAGAACUUCAAAUCUAUGCACAUGCCACCCACACCAAACAUCGGACAGUUCGUAGUACCUCCCAGAUCGGUGCUCACCACAAGGAACAAAAUCAAUGCUUACAGAAAAAGGUUCCUCAGUGAAGGCAACCUCCUGGACGAUUCUGAGAGCCAACUCAAUGACCAGUUUAACGAGCACAAAGAAUCUCUAACAACAAAAUACAAGUCCCCACGCCGCCCAGGACAGAAAACCCCAAGCAGUUACCGCAGUCAGGAUAACUUGGAGAGGUUCACUCUAGCCUACCCGAACUUUUUCUGGGAUGAUUCAACUGACGGCAGACCUAGCAUCGAUGAGCUUCACAAAAAUUGCAUUUUUACCCCAGAAGGCAGAAGAGAUAUUAUGAACAAAACACUCUCAAUCGAAAAUUUGUCGUUAGACCUUGGCGCUCAUUUGAGACGCUAUGGCUCCGUGACAUCCUUAUAUGAGACUGACAUUGAUACGGGCGAAACAUCCGAAACAAUACCCUUUCCCGAAACUGAUCUAGACCUUUGGUUCUCUUUGCAGCAUCCAAUAGAACGCGCUGUCAGUAUGACGGACCUACGCAGUGAACGUUCCUAUCGGACAGGGACAGGGAAGGGGAGAUUUGCACAUCGUAAUGUACCUAAGUCGAAGAGUCUCCAGACUCUUGAAACUAACCUUGAUGACGAGGAAGAUGAACUUAAGCGAGUACCGUCAGUGCAUGAACUCCGUGUAACCAAAUCCCUGUCUAAGUUAAAUAUACCCGACUGGUUUAAGAACUCUAGCUUAUCUAAGAGUGGUAGUUGUAUGUUAAGGCAUGGCUCCACAUCCACAAUGUCGUCAUGGGGAUACAACCCCAGUCUGACAUCAUCUCCCUGUCCCUCUGUAACACCGACUGGGAAUGUUGUUAUCAAAACCCGUGUGUCCCCUUCCAGUAGUAUGAGACUCUUUAAAUCCCCCAAGUUUGCCUCAGUACCCACCUUACCCAAAACCCCGGAAGAGAGACAGCCUAAGGCACCUGUUAAACUUCCAAGUGAAAGAUUAAGAAAAAGUGACAAACCGAAAGGUUUGGAGAAAAUCCCAAUAGUGCCUUUUGCUCAAAUUAGGGCAAUGUUUGAAGCUAAAGCAGCUAAUGAACGAGCUAGAAAGAAGGACAGUGCAGUGCGCCAAGACUCAGUGUCGUCAAAACUUUCAGCAAAAGCUGCUAGUCCCGUGCCCGUAGUGACUGUGUCCCCUAGUGAAAUUGUUAUACUUGAAAGUAGCCCCAAGAGACCCAGGAGUCCCCCCGUUAUUCCCCCAGAACAAGCUAGAAUUUCAUAUGCACCAAUGCCACAACAGGGACCUUCUACAAAUGCAGGGGACACUUCUCAGCCAUGGAGAAGGCCACUCAGCCCCAGUACUAUAAGUCCUCAACGGCCGCUGAGUCCCACUGAAACUACUAUUCCUCAGAGAACUACAAGCCCCUUAGGAUCAGCUGGUUCUCAUAGAUCCACAAGUCCCGCAGUGUCCACAAGUCCUCAGAGGCCCCUCAGUCCUGCUGAAAGCACAAGUCCUAGAUCAAUUAGUCCUCUUGGGUCAUUGAGCGGUCCAGAAGAUGCGAAUAGAUCGUUCAGUCCUUCCGACAGGAUGCGACCAAUAAAUCCAGAUGGUCCUCAUAAUCGGUCGAUGAGUUCCACAGGGUCAAUGAGUCCUCCGAGGUCAAUUAGUCCUGGGGGAAUUCUCAGCCCGAGAGGAUAUAGUGCAUAUACCGGCCAAGAGCAGCCAGCCAGCCCAGAAAGCCCCCCGCAAAGUCCAGUCGAGAAGAGUGCCCCAAGGGGCAUCCUGGGACCCACAGUGAGAUUCGUAGAGACUGAGAAAAUAGAAGUUAAGGACAACAAGCCCGCAAAGCCCUCUGGUAAAAAGACAGACUUUUUCAAACGUUUGCAAGUGUUCCAACGGCCCGACAAAGAUAAGAAAAACAACAAAGCAGAAGACCCACAGAAACAGGUACCAGCCUCCAAGCUCAAAUCUGCGUUCGAACCCUUCUCACGGAACUCCAAAUCUAUAGAAUCUGCCCCAUCAAUUCAAGCCCCUAACUCUCAAGCACCCCCCAAAUCUCCCACACGCACCGAAGCCGAAACCAAACUAGUGGAGGAAGCUCCCGUGUUACAAGCACCCAAUUCAAAAUCCAUAGAGUCCGCCCCCACCUUAAAAGCACCUUCGCGCACGGCACCAGAACCCACAGGGAACUCAAGUGAAAUUUUCUCAAACGAUCGCAAUUCUCAUAGUCGGCAAGAGCCUCGCAAUGGGGCUUCUUCCCAUGAUCCCCCGGCUGGUCCAGUCAGGGUAGGUAAUUCGGGGCAGAGCCUGACCACGCCUGUGCUAACGCCCACACCAUUCUCUAGAACUUCUUCAACGUCUGAGGCACAGAAACAAAGCAUGAAAGAAACCACGGUAUAGCGAGGAGGUGUGUGUAGGUACUCGUCACAAUCAACUCGAAGAUUCCCGUUUGCUUCUGACCUUGGGUAAACAUUCCGAUCCACAGUCGCCGAAACAAGUCUCGUUCGAUGAUCGAGAUGACGUCGCAACUGAUGACGUCAUGGACAGAUCUGGAAUUCUGGGAAAUGCCAGCGUCGAAGAAGUGUUAGAGGGACUCCUUUCUUUCGGCAAACGCCCAGUUCGUGAAAAACUUGUAUCGGAUCCUACAGUUUUCGAAGGAAAUGGCCACGCUUUAUUUCCAAGGACUGGAUCGGAGGCAGGGUAUAACUAUUAUUCCAAGAAUGGAGAGAAGGAUGUAUGUGAUUUUUCGAUGAAGGAUUCCGUGUCAGUGGACUGUGACCAUCAAGCAUGUGUGAAUUCUCUUCCCUUGAGCGAAGCUAAGAAAUCAUUCAAACUGUGCCCGUUUUGUUAUACCUACUACUGCAGCAGACUUUGUAGGAAGCAUGAUUUCGAGGCUCAUAAACAAAAAUGUCACCAUAGCAACGUAAACAGCGCGUGCAAACACAUCAUGGUUAAAAUUAACAAAGACCCAGAUAUACAGUAUCAAUAUUCCCGCCUAGCCAGACAAGGUUUUAAGUCACGUGGUCGGGGGUGUUUGGUUCUGUAUAUCCCGGACCUGUUUAAUGCUGAACGAUAUCUACACGAUCCUAACAGUGGCAAAUUUUCUCCAGUUUUCGUGCCUCUCAAAGCCCUCACCAGCUCACAGGAGUUCGGUAAAAUGUUACCGUAUGUGAUUGACAUGGUUAUUCAGUGUAACCCCUCUGUAAAGUACGUGAUGCAUGUAUCGGUGGGGGUGGGGUCUGCCUUAGAACAAAUCCCCCCUCCCAGGAGCACUGAUCCCUUCAUCCAAAAGUGCGCUAAGCUGAGUCUCAGCCCAGCUCACGAUCUCACGAAGCUUGGGGAUCAUAAUUUGGAUCAUAACAAUAUUAUGCUCCUAGCUGCCCCCACAGAACAAGCCAAUGACAGACACGAUACCAGAGAGGCAAGGGAAGCAAGCUUCAUGGACAUUCAACGGAAGUUACGUCAUAUUGGAGUUAGCCUACGUCACGAGUUCCCAGACAGUUAUGACAAGUUGAUAGACUUCGUUGCAGACGGAAGAAUAUUUCCACCUCAGAUUAUCUCCCCUGUUGACUCCAAAUCGGGCGAACGAUUUACCUGUGUUAUUGUACCCGAAACGGAAACGGAAAUAGAAUGGGUGCAGGCUCAAGAGUUCCCGCCAGAUAUUGACCUGUCAACGGACGACCGGUGUCCGACUUCACCGACCUCCCCCUAAAAUUUUAACCCCGGACAGAGUCUCAUUUCCAUCCCAAAUGUGUGACAUGUUGACAUAUUGUAUGGAUAUAUUAUAAGGACGUUCAUUACGGUGUACAAAGAGCUGUGUGCAUCUGAUCGACGCUUUUACUGCGAAGCAUUAUACACUGUGGCUUAUAUUUUGGUCCCUGCAUUCAUUCAGUUGGUUGUGUUGGUGCUAAUAGAGCAAAAUAACUGUAAAUAUUGUUGUGAAAGGUGUUUUAGUAGCAUUUAUUAUUAUUAACUAAGCACAUCAUUCAUCGAUCCAUUCGAUUUAUUUUUUGUAGGACGACAUUAUCAAUGUCACACAAAACUGAAUCUUGGGAUAGCCGUGGUUAAAGCGUUCGCUCGUCAUGCCAAACACCCUGGUUCAGUGGGUACAAUGAGUGAAGCGUGUCUCUGGUGCUCCCCGCCGUGGUAUUGCUUGAAUAUUGUUAAAAGCGGCGUAAAACCAUACUCACUCACUGAUGAAUUUGAGAUUGGUCAUUCAUAGCAAUAAGGCUUGUAGGGGAUAGUCUAAUGUAUCGCCAGUAAUGUUUGAUGAUACUAUUUAAUAAGUAUCUAAUGAAAAAUUAUUAUUUUCCACUCCAGCAUGGAAGAAGAGAUCAGAAGAAAUUGUUCUCAUACUCAUUUUACGUCACGUAUUCAAAUCAGACUUGCAGCCAUUUCAACAUUCACAUUCGGGACUGGCGUUCACCCAAUUUCAAACUUGUCAUGAAAAUCUGUCGCUUUGAAUCUGCUAGAAUGUUGUGUUUCAUAUUAGGUCGAGGCAGCACCGUAGAAUAAAAUAUGUAUUUCCUUCAAUGGAAAUUCGUAUGGAUAUGAUGGCUACUACUAUUUAGAAGACAUCCGCAGACAUGUGCGUCCUCUGUGAUCAUGUUAUUAUUAACGUUAAAAGUUCAAAACAAAUCACCUCCCAGAACUAUUCCAGGAAUCAAUGUUUUUUGUGUUAAAUCUUUUAAACACAGGGGAAAACUGAAAGAAACCCUUUUGUAAGCUGCAGAUGUGUCCAUCUGAAUUAUACCUCCCCUCACGUCCUUUUGAAAGUUUUUAUCACAUGAGUCUUUCAGCAACACGGCUCAACUGCCCAGAUCGAUAUCUGUCUGUGGCUCUGUUAGCGGUACAUGCUUGCUGUACUUGCAGCAAGCAUGUACCACCAACUGGUUAAUUGUUGCUGUAGCUGUUGCUGUGUUGGUUGCUGAGUGCGUGUCUGUAUUUAUACCGCUUUGCCUGCCGUUUGAAGAAAUUUAAGAAUGAAUGUCAGUGUUGAUUUAAUGAUAAAAUCGUGUUUUUUUAUAUUCAGUGUUUUAUGGCGGACGACUGUAUUGCCUGAUAUAUGUAUUUUAUUAAAGAGAUUGGUUAUCAGUAAAAAAGUUUCGUCCUAUAGAUCCUGUCGAAACUAGGUAUGUAUUGUUGGUUAGCGGGCUAAAUUAUUAAAAAUAGAUCAUGGUGGGUUCAUUGGUGCUAGGAGAAAUAGCGAGGACGUGGCUGUUUACAAAACAUGUAUACUGACGGAUAAGAAAUAAGGGAACAGUUGUUCCUGACUGUGCUUGACAUGCAAUACCUGGGUAACCGACUGGUACCCCUAAAUUGUUUGGUGAUGACGUCAGCACAUUCGGUUUUGUUGAUAUAAGCAUUUAUUGAACACAUUUACUCUCGUUGUGAUGAUAUACAAGGCGUUCCGGUACUUGUUGUCGUCAGUAUAUUUGAAUGGAUUUUUUUAAACAAAGCUAUUUGGCGAAGGCGUUUGUUCUUUUACUGUUAUGGGAAAGUUUUAUGACGUUCUCAUUGGUACAUUUUAUACCUUCAAAAUAGGGAUUGUCAGAAUAAGUUGAAUGAAGUAGCGAAAUAUGCAUUUACCAAGUAAAUACCACCAGUUGCUGUGAUACACUAAUCAGUAAGACAGAGUACACGUCACCCGCGGUAUAGGCCUUCAACAAUACGUAUUGUUAUACGAUCUUUAUUAGUUGGUAUUUUGAGAAAAUACGUAAUUACGUGCACUUAUGUGGUUUUAAUCCAUGAUUAAGUCAAUUAAAACCGUUAUGGCACAGCUAUCUUAGACGAAUAAUAUUUUUUUGGACUCACUGCUAUUUGUCACUGGAUUAACUCCCUUUGUUAAGCGUUACUGUUGUCACAAAUGGCGGAUCGUUCCUAACAAAAUUGGGAAAGCCAACGUUUGACGCUUUUGCUAUUGUAGGGCAGUCAGAAAGUGGACGAAAACACAACAGUAUGUUAAUGGUAAUAUAUUGAAUACGUCCCACAAUACAGACCAAGGUAUCGCAACAUAUUGCAAUACAAAAUUCCAGGCAAUAGGGGGCGGUCGGGUAGCCUAGUGGUUAAAGCGUUCGCUCGUCACGUUGAAGACCCGGGUUCGAUUCCCGACAUGGGUACAAUGCGUGAAGCUCAUUUCUGGUGUCCACGUCGUGAUAUUGCUGGAAUAUUGCUAAACGCGGCGUUAAACCAUACUCACUCACUCACUCCGGGCAAUAGGCAACCCUACUGAUCGGCUGAAGCUCUGGGCGUGCAAGAAAAUGUUUCUCAUCAGAAGGUUAUUUUCAAAUUGACCAGAUCAUCUUGUUUAUUUCCCAGUAGGCCAAAAAAAACUUAAUUCAAACUCGUCAGCAACCUGAACGACAUGGGGGAGGGGGGUCUCUCCCGUGAAAAUCCCGACAUUCUUGGCAUUCGCAAUAUUCACGGACAGAACCAAACAUUAAUGACCUCCCUUAUAAACAAUGGCAUACACGGCUUCUGUUCUAUGAUGCGCAAGAUGAUGAGAAACCUAUUUCGUGCCACGGCCAAUGCGCUGGGAGUGCUAAUUCGACACCAGUUCAUGAUUAACAGUUGCCUGUCAGAUUUCGAAAUGAUGAUAAAUUUAGUGUAUAAGACUUCGGUUUUUGUAUAUUGAUCGGUUAUGUUUACCCGAUGUACAUUUGCAGAUUUCCAUUAACGUUUUAUGUUUCAUGUAUCGAAUGAUACAAACGUAUACUAGCGAAUAAGGUGACGUAUGUUCAAACAGUUUUAUAGCGUGUAUAAUGCUGAGAUGUAACCGUAUUCAUAAUCCGAUCCCAUCUAAAAUGGCAAUAGAUUUUAUUUCACACCCGAGGCUUUGAUGGUGUUAAUAAUGUUUUAGCCCUGCUGUCCUUGACCUUCAUAUGCUGAACUUUGACCCGAAAUGCCAAUAAUUUAUUGUGCCUUAAUGGUAGUUUUAGAAACCAUGUUUUUAGCAUAACAAUUUACAACUUUAGAAGCAAGUAGAAGAGAUGUAUUUACAUAGUAUGCCAACAUUCACUGUAUAUAUGUGAUAAAUGGAUAAAAAGUAUAUUCCGUUAAUCCUCGGCUAUAUUUUAUACAAUGUUUCAGAAAAUAUUCUGAUUCGUUGUUUUAAUGCAAAUAAUCUAUUGUUUUGUACAUUUCUUAUGAAAACUACACAGUGCAAUACAUGUACAGAUCAAUUGGGGAUGCAGUAGGAUCAACAAGCAGAUUAUUUAGCUAACACGAAAUUUGUAAAGGGGUUAAAAUGAUUUAGUCCAUACCCGAUCAUUUGCUUUUGUAGGAUUUGAAUAGUUAAAGAGCUAUGUUAUAAUUAAGGAUUAACCCUUCAUAUGCUGAGCGAUGUAAAAACGUAGGGAGUGAUUGAUAGUUUUUGGAAAAAAUAUACGUACGUUUUAGAAAUGAAUAUGUCUUGUCCGGUAUUAUAUCCUUUAGGAAUAUCUGACAAAAAAUGAAUGUGGAUUUGUAUUGGAUUACUAAACCGAUGAUUCUGCUAUUGUAAAGUUAUAAUGUAGACUGAUUUGUGAUAUGUUUAUGUUGACUUAUAAGCAAAGUACCACAUGAAGGGUUAAUCCACGAUUAUGACGCGUGCCUGUGAAAUAUUUUACAAUUGAUGCCUGACGCAUGUUGUAAUUUAUUUGGAGUAAUGCUAUAAUUAUUGAUAAUUAAUUAAAGAGAUUAUUGUUUCUUGUC